AUGGGUAAACAAUAUAUUUCUACCGUUAGUGCUUCACAAGCACAUAAACUGGAUAUCCUUGGAGUGGCCAUCACCAACAAGUUUACAGUCUCAAUUUCAAGUGAUGGGUAUGCGAAAUUUUGGGACAACAAGCAAGAUGAAGUUCAUCAACCAAAAGAAUUCGUUCAAUCAGUAUUCAUCGAUAAAAGUGGUGUUCAUGCCAUAGCAGUAUAUGAAAAUACUUUACCAAAUUCAACAUUGAAAGUUACUCUUUUUUCAUUUGCAUGCUUUAAUGGUUCUAUUGUCUUCAAAUACUAUAUUAAUGACGACUUUUCUACUUUGAAAGACCUUACAGACGUUGAUGAGUGUUCGGCUGGAAAAUCAUGGAAUCCGGGAUUUUAUAAAGAUCCAGAAGCUAAACAGGACUAUUUCAUUGUCACCAGAGCAAAUGGCACAACUAGUGUGUUUUUGCUAAAUAUUACCGACAACGAAGGAGUUGCAGAGAUAACAUUUGAAAAAGCUGGAGAAUUGAAACCAAAUUCAUCAACAUUCCCAAAUUCUUUAGCAAUUUGUCCUACAGAAAAUAAGAAAUGUGCUGUUGGUUAUAUUAAUGGUGAUGUCUUGUUAUAUGACUUUGCAAGUUUGAAAUUAGUCUAUACUUUCCAUUCCAGUGAUUUGGUAACGAGCAGAAAUUCUCAAACCACAUCUAUACCUAGAGUAUUGGCAUUCUCACCAGAUGGUACUUUAUUAGCAGUGGCAAGAGAUAACCAAGCAGCUGGAUCAAUUACAUUAUAUGAUGUACAACAUGGAGAAAAUGUUGGUUUCUUAGCUGCACCAUCACAUUCAUCAAAAUCAGUAGUUGGUGGAUUUGCUCAUCAAGGUUGGAUAUUGGGUUUGAGUUUUGACGAAGAAGGCAAGCAUUUAGCUAGUUGUGGAUUUGAUAAAUGUUUAAGAGUAUGGAACUUGGAAACCAGUGAGCGUGAAGCUACUAUAAAUAUUUCCAUUUCCGAUCUAGACGAUACAGCUCAUGAUGAACAAGACCAGAGUGUUGCUAGUGGUGUUACAUUUAUCAAAAAAGGUAUUCGAGGUGGUGCUGGUGGUGAUAGUAAUGAAGGUUUAUGUGUGGUCAGUUUUGAUCGAGGUAUCAGAUGGUAUAGAGAAGCUGGUGGUAUUUAG